AUGGACAUUGCUCAGCUUUUUCGAACGCGUUUGCAACGUGAUUUGCUUGAGAUUCAGGCAAACGCGGACGCAGGCAUCCACGUUCACGUUGCCAGCGAGGACAUGCGCAGGCUCUGCCUCCAACUGUGCCCACAAAACGGUCCAUGGGCUUAUCUGAGGUUACACUUUACGGUUGAGUUGCCGUCGAACUGGGUCGACCUGAACCGUAUUAUCGAGUUUGGUGUGUCAGGUGUUUCUAAACGCACUUUAUUUCGUCUUUUGGACGUCGUCUUGAGAGCCCAUUCCGCCUGCGCCGUCAUCGAGGUCGAUACUGACGAUGUUGCCCCUCAUUUUCUUGCACAGCCGGCCAGCCCGCCGCGGAUUUGGAGCACGAUAAAUAAUAUCCAGCAUCCAAACAUCCUCGACGAAGGUCUUGUGUGUUGCGAUCUCUUCCGGGAGACGGCGGGAGGAUACUCUGGGACCAAAUACGCCGGCUAUACGCCAGGGUAUAGGCUGCGUGGUGUGUUCCAGCAACUGCUUGCCAUGUUCUCCAGCUCGUGGGUAAGCGACAAUUAUGGCUCGCGUGGCGAACACCUCGGGAGUGCUGUUAUUGAGCACUACGUCACCGAGGCGGAUCUGAUGGGUCCAUUUCGGCAAUCGUAUUCACUCAACGACCGGCGGUCGGCGUACCCCUAUGUUGAGUCUGAGCAGCGGUUAGAGAGGCUGUGGAAUGCGGAUGACUCGGAAGAGGUGUUGAUCAUGGCAUACGAGACUGAGGACGGCAGCGAAAUUAGACAACUCACCAAAAAGAGCAUGUUGCGUGGUCAAAUCGUACCCCAGUCAAGCUUUGCCUCAAGUACAAGUCAUUUUGCUACUUCUGAGGUCCAGGCGAUCUCGCGUGCCUCGAAAAUGUGCGCCUCAACAGGGCGUGUGUUCAAGUUUGAGUCGCGGAGCCCGUUCUGGGAGCGUACGCGUCGCAAACUUGAAGUAUUUGAGUGCACUGAGUGUGGAUAUGGGAUAGAUUCGAUGCCACAUUAUUCGCCUGGCGGUAUUUUGCCCCUACAUAAGUUCCGCCCGCCCUACAUGAUCCCUGCCCGGGUCAACCAGCUUUCACGGCUCAAAAUGGACACGUUACACGUUCUGUGCGAUUUCCUGCCAGACGAGUCGCUGCGUGCGCUGAGCGUCGCGUAUCCGCCGUUCGACGCGUUUUUGCGACGGGCAAACGUCCUCCGCAGACGCCAAGUGCGCUGUUUCUACCUGUCUACACCGUUUGAAGACCGUAAAGAAGGAGCUGGAGAGCCAGAGCUGUCGUCGACGAUGGGCAUUGGAAUUGCGUUGGAUGCAAAGACGAAUCGCCUGUCGUGCCCCACCCUCGUCGAUGGCUUCCUGUCUGAAGCUGCAUUCCAGAAAUGCGGCGUAAGAAGGAGCUCAAGGAAACACGAGUUUGGAUUUUUCCUCCCGCUCGCGCUCAACUAUCGCCAUUUGAAGCAGAUCAAGCCCCGCGUGUUUGAAUGCCUCAAGACGCUCAGCCAGCAAGUCGCCCUCGCUGAUCCACAUCGGUGGAAAAGUAAUCCAGCAGUACAUUCACCUUCUCUGCGUUCAACACGCGCCACAACGACGAUAAAGCCACCUGCAUUGAACAUUCGGACUCCGCUUCAAGCAGACGUCGAUAGUGUCAACGUCUUGUACAAGCUCCUAAACGACGUCAUGACGGGCUACAUGCGUUCUUGCGAGGCCAUCCUCGACGCACCUCCAGCCGCCUUGCGACGUCGUGGAGGCUCAGGAGGAUCCCUCCAAGCCCAAAUCGAAGAAGAAGAGUCUGCUACUGUCACCUUGACACACGCUGCAGAACGAUUCCUCCCCGUCUAUUGGCAGGUUCUCCACCUGUUGAUAUCCUUAUGUCGCGAGAAUCCUGCCAUUCUUCGUGCAGCUCACGCAAGAGUGAGGCAAUUCAUCGAUCAUCCAGAAAAGAGGAGUAAAGAAUACGAGCCCGACCUUGGAGAACUCCUCGUCGUAGCUGCAUUGGUCUUUGCCUGCCAGGACGAGGGGCUCCUCCCCUUGCGGGACACGGGUGAAGUUGUCCCACCGCAACCAACCCGUCAGCGCGAGUCACAGCGAUCCCAAACGACACCUGGGGGCAGACGUUACGACCUUCGAAAUGGACACAACGCACGACGACCCGCAUCAGUUACUUCUGGAUCAGGUCGCCAGAUAUCUGGAAGCGCCAAAGAUUCAGUGAUCCGCUGGUCGGAGCAUUUUGCGGGGCCACUCCUUAAAGAGGCCAUGACGCGCGGUGUAAAGACUGCACUCGAGCAUUCCCCCGAUUUACAACAUCUCGAAACGGGUGCUUGUCCUUACCGUACCACAAAGACAUUUCAGCACUGUCGUGGACCGCUCAGACAACUCGCGCUCCAAGUCUCCAUGGUCGCCGUCUUCAACUAUUUCGAAACGAUGCAAAAGGGGCCGCAUCCACAGCAGACGCACCUCGACCGAAACUUUGGCAAUCCGCCACCAGAAGCAGUCCUCGUCCUCACCGAAGAAGUCAAAGCCGUACACCGGCUUUCGACAUGGGGAGAACUGUUUAUCAAAAUACAAUAUGAAAAUGGAAAGGCGUGGUCCGAUGUCGAGCUCGCCUCUGCGUUGCGACAAUGCAUGCUGCUCAGCGAGCGACGAGGCUAUCACACCAAUCAUUACCAACACGCCGAGGCAAAGUCUCGCUUGCUCACGAUACGGGCGAAAGGAAAAGGACUGGAAGAUGGAUCACGCCCGACGUAUGAAAUCAGCGUUGAGCGUUUUGGUCUUUGCUCUCGUAGGCGACCGUUUUAUGACACUACCUCGCGUCUGUUUUACAGGCUGCCACCAGUGUCAUGGAAGCCGAGCAUCUCGACCAUUCCUCGACUUUUAAUCCCGAGUCGCUUCUGGUAA